CAAGACUGCCUCAGAUACAGUGAUAGUGUGGAGAUACGACCUGGAAACAACACGAUGGAUACCGUCAAACUGGUCAUAUUUGCCAUGUGCUUUGUCUUUGGAACAUAUUCAGCUUCCGGUAAACCACGAUGCAAGUUUCCGGCACAGUGGCAGAGCAAAGUUUUCUUCGAUUUUGGAUUGAUGUUCACCGUGCCUACACAGGCGCGAGCGUCCGGAACCUACUAUUACGACUAUCUCAACAACCAGACGAGAUUAGACCUGAAGGGUAUCGAUUUGGCCUAUAACAUGUCCUAUGAUUACACCUACAUAUGGAAGUUUAACGAAUCCUCCUUCUAUACGAUUGACUACAUCGAAAAGACCUGUGACAGAGAGGUACAGGACGGAGACUUCUGGAAACAAUGGGAAGGUCUGCCUGACGCAGCAUCUCUAACAUCAGCGGGAGGGAUAGGGGGAUCUCAGGAACGUUUCGAACAGUACCAGUUCUUAAAAGUGGUUAAGAAAGAGGACAAUGAAAUUGUUGCUGUCACAAUUGACGUUAAAGUCGGUGACAUCUGUCCCCCCAGCCGAUUAAUAAUGGAACAAUACGGAUUCGAUCCUUUAGGGACAUUUGCGUACAACUACGAAUUUUUAGAUCCUACAGAUAUUGAAAACCCGCAGAAAGUAUUUAGCGAUCCACCCAACUGUAAAAACAUCACAACAUGGAACAAUGCCGAGAGGAACCACCUUAUUCACAGACGUAUUGGACCGUUAAUGGGAUAGAUAGUGAUUGGAAAACUUCAUUUAACGUGAUUGGGCCGUUAACAGGAUAGACAGUGAUUGGAGAACUCCACUUCAUCGUGAUUGGACAAUUAAUGGGAUAGACAGUGAUUGGAGAUCUUCACUUUAUCGUGAUUGGACAAUUAAUGGGAUAGACAGUGAUUGGAGAUCUUCACUUUAUCGUGAUUGGACAAUUAAUGAGAAAGACAGUGAUUGGAGAUGUUCACUUUAUCGUGAUUGGACAAUUAAUGAGAAAGACAGUGAUUGGAGAUCUUCACUUUAUCGUGAUUGGACAAUUAAGGAGAAAGACAGUGAUUGGAGAACUUCACUUUAUCAUCAUUGUGACGAACAUUUGACAUAAUAUUAUGUCAUUUUGCCUUAUAUGUCUAAUAUAAUAUUGAUACCAUAGUUAUCAUCGGCAAAAUAAUUCGGUAUCAGUAUUGUAAGAGUAAACAUACACACAACGUACAUGGCGUUUUCAUCUGUUUGUGUUUGUGUUUUGCAUACGUUGAUGUGCUAUUUAUAUAUUGAUAUGUCAUUGAUAAUAUUUUAGUAAUAAUUUUGUAUAGUGCUGUAGCAAUAAAAAUUAUACGUAAGUAUGUUUUAGAUAUAGA